CUCUCCUGGAACCCUGCAUUCACUAUAUCUGGUCUCCCCGGACCCUGCAUUCACUAUAUCUGGUCUCCCCGGACCCCGCAUUCACUAUAUCUGGUCUCCCUGGACCCUGCAUUCACUAUAUCUGGUCUCCCCGGACCCUGCAUUCACUAUAUCUGGUCUCCCAGGACCCUGCAUUCACUAUAUCUGGUCUCCCCGGACCCUGCAUUCACUAUAUCUGGUCUCCCAGGACCCUGCAUUCACUAUAUCUGGUCUCCUAGGACCCUGUAUUCACUAUAUCUG